AAAAACGCUCACACUCAUCUCGCUGCUUCUGCUCUUGUGCUAGGCUGCUAGCUAUCACCUCGUCUCCUCCGUGCCGUUGACCACAAAAAGAAUCCCCAAAUCAGCGCCAAACGACCUGCUGCCGCACCUUGCCGCCGGUGGCUCGAGCACCUCUUGGGCCGAGCGCCCUAGCCCCGCUGCACAGGCGCUUGCUUUGCCGAUGGCGGCUCCGCAACAGUGUGCUGUCCGAAGCACUUCGGCGGCCCCUUCCCCCUCUGCUGUUGAGGAUGCACGCGGCGGAGGGGAGGAGUCGGAAUGGGUCGCGCGAGAGGAGAAAGGUCGCGUCCCGGUGGUUCUGCAAGAGGCGCGUGCAAAGGGGAACCCGCGAUAUUGCUGCAGCCUGCAGGGACAGUUGGGGUCGGCUGGACUGAUGCUUUGGGAGUUGGGGCCAAGCCGGGAGCACUGGCAAGUCCAAACUCUGCUCCUUCGUCAGGUGAUGGAUAGACUGCAAACUCUGCGCACAGUUGGUGACGGGACGGUGGCCAGUUGGGGACAGGUUGAGGACGAGCGACGUUGUCCCCGUCGUCGACGAGCAAAUGUGAUGCCUGUGGUGGAAGAAUGGAGGUAAGAGGGAGAGGCGGUAGCCGGUGCGAUGCGGCGGUGCUGUAACGCCUCGUAUGAUAUGUCGAUAUGGUGGCCGGAUGGAUCCGCGUGAGGUGGUACAGGGGAGUGGAUGCACUUACUUCAAUUGGCAACAACUAGCCGGAAGCGAUCUGUGCCGUGCUUCGGCUAUCGCCGUGCUGCUUCUCCCCGCCGUGAAACGCUGCCAGCCAGAACCGAGAAGACGAUCAGAUCGAGUCACAUAUGCCCCGGGAAGAAAUAACUAACCUACAAAUAUAGUCUCCCUAAAAAAACUACAGAUAUAGUCACACACGCCCAGGCGUGUAGUCCAAGAAGAUGAUAUCACAUUUGUAUAGCAUCCAAAUUCUUUCCUAAUGGCAACGUAUAGUCCAAGGAUAUGAUAGCACGAUUUGUAUAGCGUCCGUACUCUUUCCUAAUGUUGGUUCUAACUCCUGUAAUAAUCCUUUUGGCAUCGA